UGUAAUAUUCAUUCGAUUGUCUCACCAAGUGUUGAGUCGCGUAUUGAUAAUUUUAGGCAAAUUCGACAACUCGAUCGUUUGCUAUUCUUGAUAUAUGAUCAGUUGUCGCUCAUUGUCAAAAUGCUUCGGUUGUGUGUGCUUGGGUUGUCCCUAGCUCUCCUGGCAGGCUCUACAAACAUACAAACAAAAACAUUAUACGCUGGAGAAGAGUUUACGCUCGGAGUAUCAGCCCUAGAAUCAGAAGUUAUAGUGGAAUGUGUUCUUCUAUCACCACAAAGUGUUAUAAUCUCUUUCAACCCUGGCGAUGAAAUCGAUACAGUGAAAAGGUUCCAAGUACUAGACGACAAAGACUGCUCAGUCAAGAUAACUGAGCUAGAGAUAAGCGAUACGGGAAUCUGGAAAUUGACAUAUGUAACAGAAAAUGGUGAUGGAACCAAAAUAGAUGAAGUCUUUCUUAUAGUCAAUGAGGGUAAUAAUUCACCAGAUGUUGAAAGUGACAAUGAAAAAGAAGACGAUUUAGGAACCACGUUGAGUACGAUCAAACACUAUGUGAGGGAAGAAGAUGUCAUCGAUAUUUCUUUGGACACGUCAGUCGGAGAAGAGGAUUGUUACGUGAGGGCCCCUGGUGGAGAACUGUCCAAGGUGACAGCAGAUUUUGAGAUGGACAGCGUAAUCGUACAAGCCAGCAGUCUUCUCGUCUCUUGCAGGAUCACUAUAGGACCAAUCAACGAGAACUUACUUGGAAGCUGGUUGUUGUGUGGCGAAUCCAAUAAUGAUAUGAGAUGCCAACCUGUUACUAUAUCUUGGCAUAACAACAACAAUCCAGGUGCAAGACCAGGCUCAAGCAUACAGCCCAGGUUUGAGCACUCGGUAAACUAUGGCUUGUCCGUCAACCCGGGUGUGGCAUCACCGAACAGUAACGGGGAAGUCACUUGCCACGUCAUUACACCCAAUGGUGAAGACCUGGUUAUAACCAAAGACACCAAGUAUCGCAACAUCGGAAGGAUUGGUUACGAACAUCUAAACCUCUGCAGCAUUGUAUUCUCCAUCACUGAUGCUGAUUCGCUGGGUGACUGGACUAUCUAUGGCAGAUUCCGCUCAGGGGGCAUUCUUCAAGAAAUUCGUCAGCCUUUAAGAUUUACCAUUUACAAUGACGAAAAUCCAUAUGAACAAGCGUAUAAUGUGACAGAAGUUCCAGAUAUCAGACAAGUUGUUAUUCUAAAAACGGCUUUAACUGUUACCCUUAGUGACCUGAGCGACGUUGACAAUUGCUUGUGCGAAACGCCUUCACGCAAAAUAUACAACUUGGACGACGCGUAUGAGUUGAAAAGACUUAAAGGUGUCGAGUUAAGCGUUUCGAAAGGGGGCUCCACUUGUCAGUUAAUAUUCCAUUCGAUAACCGCAGAUGUGUUGGGUAAAUGGCGGUUUGUUGGGAAGUUCAGCCACGGGAACAUACAUUCUGAGAAGCGACAGAGGGUAUACCUCAUAGAAGAAGAUCCCCGAAACCCCAUUGUAGACGACUUUCGAACGGUUGAAGUACUGACUCCACAAGUUAUCGAUACAACGCUGGAAACUACACACACGGUGACAAUACCUUCUUCUGGUGUUGAGAACGAGAGCUGUCACAUAUUGACUCCUACUGGUUUACAAUACGCGUUUAUAACUGGUUUUAAUGUCAGUAACGUAGAAAUUGUAAACGGAAACGGAGUAGCUUGUGGCGUCGUAGUUCAUGUAGUUAAUACGGAUAUGAUUGGAGAUUGGACUCUUAUUUCGAGGGAUGUGAGGACAUCAGGCUCAAUCCGAACACACAUUGAAAGAAGGAAAACAUUUUCCAUCCACGUUGAAGAGGUCUUGGCUGCAGGAAACCCAAUUACCAUAACCCAAGGUAGCGACCUCUACCUAAGACUACCAGUAACAACGGAGAUGUUUAAAACCUGCAAACUGUAUGGGCCCACCGCCGAAGAAUUGAAUGAAACGCAAUAUUUGAUUGAUGAAAUUCACAAGGAAUCCUGUGGUUAUAUAAUUGAGAAGGUUAAUUUAACACAGAGUGGUACAUGGAGUAUUGUUUUUGGAAAGAGCAUUAUGUAUAGAGCUAAUAUUCAAGUCAACGUCUUAGAACCAGUACAAAUAGCAGUGCAAGAUCAGCAGUGGACCGUUGGCCAGUCAGUGAAUAUGACCAUGGGUCCUGCCGACGCUGUCUACUGCAAUCUCUACAACAGUAGACGAGACACAGUCUUUGAUGACUUCGGUCCGUGCAGGGUUGAGAUCGACAAGGUAACCUCUGACCUUCGUGGACAGUGGCUCAUCUACGUUGGUGUCCCUGGGUCCAUUGGCGUCCGAUACCAGAAAUUCAAUGUCGACGUGCUCUCAUCUGAUUGGAGGCCAUUUGUUACCACUGAAGUGGUGGAAGCUGAGAAUAUGGUGACGUUGUCGUGUUCCGUGUCUAGCAACUAUGUGGUUCAAGCUUGUAAAUUCGCCACUCCUGAAGGUCACAUACUCCUCGCUAACCAUGGCGUUGGACAAGGAGUAUACGCUGGGGCUUCAAGGUAUGAAACUGAUACAAAUAGUCUGAGGUGCAAGAUUACACUCACGAACCCUGAGCUAAGGACGAGAGGAAUCUGGCGCUGUGCCGUGCACACCAAGGACAAUACGGGCUAUGGUUUCCUAACUUACUACCGCGGAUACAAACCCGAACACUCCUCCGACAAAAAUGACGUUACUGUACCUUACCUACAAAGUCAGUUCCCGUUCUACUCUGUGACUGAGGGUGAAAGUACUAUCCUCUCUUGCAGCAUCAGUGCUCCAAUCCGGUACUGCUACUUCAGGUCACCUAAUGGGACAGUCUUCAACGUUGGGCCUUCUUUGGCGUCAGAAUCAUUCGAUUAUGUUGGCAACGGCUUCGACUCGGGCGAGUGUGGAGUUAAAUUCAAUGAGCUUGGGACGGACCACACAGGAACAUGGUCCUGUAGCGUUGGCAUGACCAACUUCGAAGAGAGGAGUGAUUCGUUCGAGGUCGGAGUUAGCGAGCCAAUAAGGGUGUUCCACACCUGGAGAAGCGCGGUCCUGGAGAUAGGUGCGGUAGCCGGUGACUGGAAACCUCUGGAUUACUGCAGAUUUGUCCGCAACGACGGAUUAGGUUUUAAUUCUAUUAAUCCACCCCCCGACUUCUACAUGUACCAAUGGUCAAUUUAUGAAGGAAGAUGCAUACUCACUAUCACUGAGCCGACCGCCUGGGACCUGCAGCCCUGGACGGUGUUCGUCAAGGUCACUGGAGAGACCAACGAGAGGUCUGAUACCACGGGUAUGCUGCAGCGGCCAGCUGAAGUCAAUGCCAAAGCGUCAAAAAUCCUAUUUUGGAUGUUGGGCGCGACAAUGGGAUUCCUGUUUAUAGUUGCCGCAGUGUCGUUAAUUCCACCUAAGAAUCGUAAGUGGACUUACGAGAGAGCAAACUCGAUCAGGAACAGCUUCCGAAGACAACCCAUGCCGACGCAAGAAGCUGUGCAAAACGACCUCCCACCAAAAGUUUAAUGUAAAUCAGAAACACAACGCGAAAAUUUUGACAACAUAGUACAUUACCUGAUUAAUUCUCUCUGAGCUUAGUAAUACUUCGAGUACUUUAUCUGUACGUAUUUAUAAAAUGAGACCAUUUCAAACAAUUCUGGCUUUAAAGCAAUAACUGCUGAAAGAAAACUGUUGAAGGCAAAUCCCCCGUUAACCGUCAGUCACCAGGGACCGUCGUUUUCACCAAUCCUCCUAAACUGUCACUUAAACUUAAAGCCACUUAGCGUGACGUAGCACGUAACCCUUUACUUGUAUCUUAAGGUGCGUCUACGCUAGACGAACCGAGCACGAGCGGAGCACGAGCCGAACAAAAUUCGUCUAGUGUGGACCAACUUACAAGCCUCGAACGAGCGCGCUGCGAGCAUUUCGUCCGUGCUCGGCUGCGUUCCGCCUGUUGUCGGUUUUUGACGAACACAGAGGCAUUCGCGCAAAGGGAUGUACGUUGUUUCGUUGUACGUCACGUCCACACUUGACGCCGCGAACGGCUCCGCUUGUGCUCCUAGCUUGUGCUUCGCUCGUACUCGGUUCGUCUAACGUAGACGCACCUUUAGGUGUAUACUUAUACGUUUGUGAAAAAAAAACUCCUUAAAGCUCACCUAUUUUUGCUUAGGGGUGCUUUUAAGUUUAGGAGAGAUCGGUGAAAAUAGGCUGAAAAAAUAAUAGGUCACGUGAUUUAUAACCUAACCUAAAAAACCGUUUGGCUUUUUGUUUUUGCCUUAUUGUAAGGAGAGGUUAUUUUAAAAGAGUAUGUACUCUUAUUUUGUACAUAAUAUGUGUAUGUGAACUAAAGAUAAUAUAAUUACAAAAUUAGUAGUAUCAAGAAUCAUUGUAAAUUACGAUGAAUUAAGCUUAUUUUUAAUUGUCUAUGGGGUGACUAGUAAUCAGUGAAGGAUAUUUAAACACGUGAUUUAAUAUCCUUCUCGAACCUCUCAUGAUUACAAACAGAUUUCCCAAAGAAUUUCUCUGUAUACUCAUUAGAUUUAUUUCUAUCACAAUAACAAAACAAUAAAAUCUCGCGCGCGCCUGUUUUCGUAUGAUCAGUUGUUAGCAUAAGACUAACUUAGGAAAUUUUGUUAUUGUAAAAAUUAAAAUAACUAAUGAGUGUACAAUAAAAGUUUCUUUGGGAAAGUUGUUUGUAAUCAUGAGUACAAUCUUAUGUUUAAAUAUCGUUCACUAAUUACCAGUCACCCUAUAUAAUGUUUCGGUAACCUCUGUAAAUACGUACUAAAACUAGAUGGAAAAUAAUGUUUUUAUAUUUUUGAUAAAUGAAGUUAUUGCAUAUCCAUA